AAAGUGUACGCAGAACGGCGUCGCGUUUUAAUAAUUCGUUAGUUCGCAUAGAAUCGUUCAUCGGUACGGAUCGCGACUACUUGUAACGUACUCUCUCUCUCUCUCUCUCUCUCUUUUUGUUUGUUUGUCUGUGUAUAUCGGUUCAUCGGUUCUCCGAAAAGAGGAAGAAAAAAAUAACAAGGAUUGAAAUAGAGAAAAAAAUCGAAAGAAAUUCCCGUCUUCGUUUAAAAAAGAAAUUUAAUCAACCCCCAAUCGCGAUUCCACCGGGUUUCUUCGUGCGCGAUUUUUAUUCUCGAAGACUACUCUACUCUCCAUAGGAGAGUUAAAAUUAGUUUUCUAAGCAAGAGCAAGAGGUAUUAGAAGUGUGGGGCAUCGAAAAAGAGAGAUUAUAUUGGUGUUGUCUGAUUGUAUACGCAAACGAACACACGCUAAUUGCACAUUUGUAAAAACGAAUAUUCGUAUUUGCUACUGUACUUUCCUUUUUUCCUCUCUCCCGGUUUAUAUUACAAGAACGAAUCGGUUUUUAUAAAAUCGUUCUGUUAAAUCUCUUAAAUAGUCGGUAACGAUAACGAUAUUCUAACGGCGCUCUUUAAUUUUUUUUUUAAAUGUCGUUUUACACACAGUGUACUUAUGUAUUUUCUUGUGUGACCGCUUGAAGAAAAGAAAAAAAUCAAACGAAGAGAUAUAUAUUUUUUUUAAUAGAAAAAUAUUUCUCCUAUUUUUUUUCUCACAACGAUAUACAUAUGUAUGUAUAUUGAUCGUGUGAGUAAAUCGUUGAUGAUAACGAACAUAACAUCGAUGAAGAAUUCCUCCAAGGAUUAUAACGUUCGAACGCUCUCGUGUUACAAAUCCUUUUGAUUUCUGGUGUAUUCAUUUUUAUUAUUACUGUGGACCAUCCGAGAAAAAAAGGAAAAAAGAAAAAGAGAAGGAAAAAAGAAAGGAGACACUGUCGCGGCCGAAAAUUAUAAGGAAAUAAGAAAAGGAUAGCAGAAAAAAAUAGGAUCAAUGAUUGGAAGUGGUGAUAGUACCGCGGACGGCGGUGGGGGUAUAAUAAACCCAAAUUUCUCAAUGAAUGUUAUACAAAACAACACGGAGAGUAACGUAGAUUUGACGAUGGUCACAACGAAUCCAGUCUUGGCUACGCCAGGAUUAAACAGCGCAGCGUGGAAUCGACAACAGGCUGUUAGCGUUAGACACGCUUUCAAAACUUAUGGCAGUAGUAAAAAUCCAAAUCAUGUUAUACAAAAUCUUAGUAUGACGGUAGCCAAAGGAUCUAUAUAUGGUCUCUUGGGUGCUAGCGGUUGCGGUAAAACAACAUUGCUAUCUUGCAUCGUCGGCCAAAGACGCUUGAAUUCCGGGGAGAUUUGGGUUUUAGGUGGUAAACCUGGUACUAAAGGUUCUGGUGUACCUGGAAAAAGAGUUGGUUAUAUGCCACAAGAAAUAGCCUUAUACGGUGAAUUUACUAUACGCGAAACUAUGUUGUACUUCGGUUGGAUAUUUGGCAUGGACACGGCUGAAAUCGUCGAUAGGCUUCGUUUUUUAUUACAAUUCUUGGAUUUGCCAUCGCAAAAUCGACUGGUUAAAAAUCUCAGUGGUGGCCAACAAAGACGGGUAUCUUUCGCAGUGGCUCUCAUGCACGAUCCUGAACUUUUAAUACUAGACGAACCAACCGUGGGCGUUGAUCCGUUACUCAGGCAAAGCAUUUGGAAUCAUCUAGUACAGAUAACCAAAGAUGGCAACAAGACAGUUAUCAUCACGACUCAUUACAUUGAAGAGGCACGACAAGCUCAUACGAUCGGAUUAAUGAGAAGUGGACGUUUAUUAGCCGAGGAAUCACCACGGGCACUUCUCACGAUGUACAAUUGUACAUCACUCGAAGAUGUCUUUUUAAAAUUGUCCAGAAGACAAGGUCAAUAUGCCCAACCAGCAACGGAAUUAAAUAUUUCGAACAAUAUUAGUUUGGCUUCUUUAAAUUGGGGAAAAAAAGAAGAACCAGUUUACGUCACGGAAGAAUCAGGCGUGGUUGGUCUAAAUUUCUAUCAAAGCAAAGAAGUUCUCAUUCAUGAUUCGACGAAUGGCGUUGGCAAUCAUUAUGACCUCACAAACAAAUCAUUACACGGAAGUAAAGCUGACUCUACACUGGAAUGUAGUAAUUUUUCAGACUGUUACAAUAUUACUAGCGUAGGAAAAAUAAGAGCCCUCUUGCAAAAGAAUUUCUUACGUAUGUGGAGAAAUAUCGGUGUUAUGUUGUUCAUCUUUGCAUUACCAGUCAUGCAAGUGAUACUCUUCUGUUUGGCAAUUGGAAGGGAUCCUACAGGUUUAAAGUUAGCUAUAGUGAACCAUGAAGUGUUUUUUGAAAAUAUGUCGUGUCCUGUCUCGGAAGGCUGUGAUUUCUCUUUACUGAGUUGUCGAUAUCUAAAAUUUCUCAAUAACGAAACGAUUAUAAAGAAUUAUUAUCCGGAUCCUGAGGCAGCACAAGAUGCCAUACGGAACGGCGAAGCAUGGGGAAUGCUGUAUUUCACAGAAAAUUUCACGGAUGCUUUAGUCGCACGAAUGGUUCUUGGAAGGGAUGCUGAUGACGAAACUCUCGAUCAAAGUGAGAUCAGAGUUUGGUUAGAUAUGUCUAAUCAACAAGUUGGCCUGAUGUUGAUGAGGGAUCUACAAUAUUCUUAUCGGGAUUUCGCCAAAGAUCUUUUGGUAGCGUGCGAAGAAAAUUCAAAGUUGGCCGACGUACCGAUUCAAUUCAAGGAUCCGAUCUAUGGAUCGAACGAGCCAAGUUUUACGGAUUUCGUUGCACCCGGUGUGAUACUAACCAUCGUGUUCUUCCUGGCAGUUGCUUUGACCUCGUCGGCAUUGAUCAUCGAGAGAAUGGAAGGAUUAUUGGACAGAAGUUGGGUAGCGGGAGUAACACCUGGUGAAAUACUAUUCUCCCAUGUAGUAACUCAAUUUGUCGUUAUGUGCGGUCAAACAGCAUUGGUAUUGAUCUUCAUGAUAUUAGUUUUCCGUGUCGAAUGCAAAGGUGAAAUAGGAUGGGUCAUUAUAUUGACGAUACUUCAAGGUCUCUGCGGCAUGUGCUUCGGAUUCGUAAUUUCGGCAAUUUGCGAGCUCGAAAGAAACGCCAUCCAAUUGGCCCUGGGUAGUUUCUAUCCCACACUUCUUCUCAGCGGUGUGAUAUGGCCCAUAGAGGGUAUGCCAACAGUUUUACGAUAUGUCUCGCAAGGUUUACCCUUGACGAUGGCAACUACGGCACUUCGUUCUAUGCUAACUCGUGGUUGGAGUAUAUCAGAGCCAGAUGUAUACAAUGGUUUCAUAUCUACCAUCAUUUGGAUCGUACUGUUCCUCACGAUAAGCAUGCUGGUCCUUAAGUUCAAACAUAAAUAAAAAGAGAGAGAGAGAAAGAGAGACAUAAAGAGAAAAAGAGAAAGAAAGAGAGAGAAAGAGAGAACGGUUGCAUUAUAUUAAUAGAACAAAGUUUUAAUAAAUCGAAAUAAGAGUGAGAGUUGGAGGGAGACGAAGUUGAAGAGAAAAAUGAAAGAAUAUUUCUUAUUAUAAAUUAAAAAUUAACUUUGUUCAUAUCAUUGUAAUUGUAUUGAGGGAGAAUGAAUCAGGAAGAAUAAAAGGUGGUGGAGGAGAUCGAAGAAAGAAAGAAAUGAUCGUAUGAAUUAUGAUAACGUUUCUUUUCUAUUUUUUCUCUCACUCUCUUCCUCUCUCUCUCUCUUUUUUCUCUCUCUCUCUCUCUCUCUCUCUCUCUCUCUCUCUCUCCUCUCACUUCUUUUCUCUAUCCGUCUCCUCCGUAAAUCAUCACUUCGACAUGUGAUGAUUAUGCGCGAACGUAUGUGUAUAUAUGUGUUGCCAAAAUGAUGAUUUUAAGUUUGGUAUGAUUGUGUGCAUGCGUGCGUGCAUAUUUCCGUAUGUGUUCGUGUGCAUGCGUGAGUGUUAGUGUAUGUACUCGUGCAUGCAUGUUUUUGUAUUAUUUUUUCGCUAUUUCACUUAAGAUUUUAUUUUUUACUUGUUAACGUUUCUUUAUAUUAUAUAUAUAUAUAUAUAUAUAUAUAUUAUUUAAAAUAACUUUAUAAAGGCAUACGUCGAUAAAUUUUUAAAUUCUAUGUUUAUAUUUUUAGAGGGUGGGGAAGGUGGAACAAUUUUAUUAAUUUUUCUUAAUGACAUUCUAUCGGAAUUAAAAUAUAUAUAGAAGAAAAUUAUAUAUAUAUAUAUAUAUGCAUGUAUGUAUGCAUGUAUCUAUGUAUGUAUGUAUGUACGUAUGUAUGUAUACAUAGUUAUCGUCGUUAUCUCAAGAAUAUUUACUUGCAAAACUUGAUUUAGUAUGGCCAGCAAAUUUUUAUGAAUCGUAAACAGUUUCCCCCACAAGAACAAAUUUUCGUUAAUUCUUGAAAGAAAAUAAGAAAAAAAAUAGGAUGCAAGAAAAGCGUGGUCAUAUAUAUUUCUUUGUGUAUAUUCGUUAUAUAAAUAUAUAUAUAUUUUUUUUUUAGUCAUCUUACAUACAUUCACAGAAUAUUUUUAAAGCAUCUACGUUUAUGGAUGCCCGGUAAACUUGUCCACGAGAAUAGAACAGUAGAUUAUAAUUAAAAGGGAAAAAAAAACAAACCAAAAAAGAACAAAAAAAGAGGACAAGAACAAAAACUUAGUUUAAUAUGUCGAUCAUGAAGAUUAUUAUUAUUAUUAUUAUUAUUAUUAUUAUUAUUAUUAUUAUUAUUAUUAUUAUUAUUAUUAUUACUAUUAUUAUUAUUAUUAAUAUUAUUAUAAUUGGUUAGCUGAUAAUACGAUUUUACUUGCCCAUGACUUUGAAUAUGUGUACGUGUGUAUGUCUAUUUUCUUUUCUAUUCUAUUCUAUACUCUUAUGUUAUUAUUUCUUUUUUUUUUAUUUUUUGUUUGUUUUGUUGUUUAAUCCAUAAUCGAUGUGUCAUGUGAAAUGAUAUGUAAAAGACAACGAAAGACUUCCAUUUUUUUUAAUAUAUGCAUGUCUUAAUCGUUUAAGUAAGAACGAAAACACGUUUUGUUCAUUAAACAUUUUUUUGCAGUUUUGUCUAUUAAAUUUGAAAAUAAGCGAAAAUACAAUAUUGUGAAAAAAAUAUUAUGAAAAUCAAAUAAGUUUGUAACAAUAAAAAAUUACACAUACAUAUGUAUAUAUACGGACACAUAUAUACGUAUGUAUGUAUGUAUGUAUGUUCGUGUGUGUGUGGGUGGGUGUGGAUGUGUACAUGUCUGUGUUUGUAUGUACGUAUGUAUGUAUAUAUGUAUAUGAAUAUACAUAUAUAUGUGUGAAAGUUUUUAUAUUGUCAAUAUAUAAUAGAAUAUUUGAAAUACAUAUUGUUAUUUGUAUAUUAUGGCCCGAUACGUCAGUAGCUCGGUCGACAGUAGCCUUUAAAUAUAGAAAUGCGAAUAAAACUGUUAAUACUGUA